AUGCUUUGUCCAGAAAUUAAAGUCGGAACUUUACUUUGUAACAGUUACUAUUGUGCAAUUAAAACGAAAGAAUAUCAUCGAUUAGUUGAUAAUUCAAAAUCAGUUGAAGAGUUAAAAAUAGAAAUUCAAGAAUUAAAAACUCAAUAUCUGCAGAACCGGGAUCAAAAUCUUUGUGGUUUUUUUGAUCUUAUUUUUCAAUCUAUGAAUCCUAAAACAGAAGGGUUAAAAACAAAAGAAGCUUUAAAACAAAAGGUUAUGUUACUUCGCUAUCAAAUGGCAGCAUUAAGUAAUAAACAAGUUGGUGGGAGGAAAAAUGUUAUUGGACUUUAUAUGGCCAGCAACUGUCCGGCUAUCGGUGAUGCUAAAAAUGCUUUCCGAUGGAGCGAUAAUAGUGUUUCCAAAAUUUGA